AUGAAGAUCUGUACUCACAACGCACAUACGCUUGCAUCUAAAGCGGCCAUCGAAUAUCUGAUGAUGCAAGCCAAGAAGAUCAAGUGCGAGAUGAAGCGACGCCACCCACUGAACGCCGUACUGAAAAUGAAAAAUACUGAAAAAGAACUGUUCUUAGGAACACGCGACAGUAGAGGAAGUGGUGGAGUUGGCGUCCUUGUCAUCACGAGUAUGGCAAAGAACAUCGACUCUCUCCAACAACUUGCGACCGGAAUCGGACGUGCGGAUGAGAAGAUGUGGUCCAACACCAGCUUUGACGAUUUUUGUUGA